UUGCAUUUAUUUUGGCAAACGACAUUGCUAUCAAAACGACGAUCGACUGCCAAAUAUUUUUGGAUCCUGUGCUGAAUAAAACUAACAAAUUAUCUUGAGAUAAGAUAUUUAUUUAAGACAAGGCGGUGUUAGUCCGCGGGAGAAUAUUUUUCUCUAGUCAGUACGAGGUUUAACAGCCUCUACAAGAUUUGCAAUGAUGUUGGCGUUGUAUGCGAUUGUUCUUUUGCUGCAAUGCAGUGUCGCCCAGACAACAGGAAGUGAGAAGAAUCUAGAAGCCAACGCCAACGACAACAAAGUCCUAACCCCGAAUAAUUCAACUACAAUAACAUCCUCAGUCAUUGAAGACUCGAAUGUAAACAGAAUAACAGCAAAUGAAAGAAGAAAUAUUACAACACAAACGGUAACCCCCGGAACAUUACUCAUUAUAUCAACACCAACAAAGAUACUGCAAAGUCUCACGCUACAGCACAAAGGUCUUACUUCAGCUACAAAAAAUAGCACCAACGUACCCAUUCACCCGUUCUCAACUAACACAACAACCAUGUCAACUUCAACAUAUAAUAAAACGUUUAUUUCUACGUCUACAUUAUUAAAUGGAACAAUCACACCUACUCCGUUAUUCAGCUCAAUCAAUGCAAUAAUGACCACCAUAAUGUCAUCGUCAACUAAUACAACAUUAGUGCCAUCCUCAGCCUAUAAUAAGACGUUUAGUACCACGGCUAGAAUAUUAAAUGGAACAAUCACCUCAACUCCAUUAUUCAGCUCACUCAAUGCAACAAUGACAACCAUAAUGUCAUCGUCAACUAAUACAACAACCAUGCCAACCUCAACAUAUGAUAAGAC